AUGUGUAGCAGGCUCCAGAUACAAGCAUCAACUCAUCCAGGCUGUCACUGGGCAAGCUAUAGAAGAAAAUACUUUCCAAUUUGGGUCAUCUGCAUUCACGCGGCACUUCACCAUCGAUCACGAUCUUCCUUGGAGUUCUCUAAAUUCAAUCUGCUUUUCUCGGAGAUACGACUCAGAACGAGAACGGCGAGCUGUCGAUUGGACUCAGAAUCCUAAUCACAGAUUCGCCAAGGAAUCGAAUUAGCUUUCAAGAUGGACCAAGCUACAGCGGGGGUCCUUGUCUGCAUCAUUGCGCUCCAAGGGCUUCUCUUUGUGGCAGUCGUAGCUGUUCUCCUGGCCAAAUAUUACAGAGUCAAUCUUGUGCUGAAGAGUUACUACGAGAUUAUGCUGUUAAUUCGCAUCAGAGCAAUGCACAGAGUGAAUAAAGCGUCGAAUGGGCAACAACUAGAGCCGACUGGCCCAACUCUGGGGACAAGCGCCGCCAACGUCCAGCAACCACAUCCGGAACCUCAGACCAUCGUCCUUGACGAUGGAAUCAGCAUCGCCGCCGAUGAUGUACAGAUCAAGUUCAGCCAGUUACAAAUGGAGGAUGAACUUGGGCAGGGUGCUUUUGGGACAGUUUAUCGAGCCGUCUUCAAUAAUUGGUCAGCCGGAGAACGAAGCAUUGUGGCCGUUAAGACGGUUGAAGAUGCGGAUCCUUCCAGAAUCGUCCAAUUCCUGAAGGAAGGACUGUUGAUGAAGAGCUUCAAUCAUCCCAACGUACUGAAGCUGCUUGGCUUGACCUUUGAUCGAUCGGGUCAGCCACUCAUUGUGCUUCCCUUUAUGGCGAACGGUGACCUGAAAUUUUUCUUAGUGAAGCAAAAACAGAACUUGAGUCACACGCAGCUUACCAUGUUUGCCUAUCACGUGGCCCUGGGUAUGGAGUACCUCGAAGAACAACAGUUCGUCCACAGGGAUUUAGCUGCGAGAAACUGCCUGGUCGAUGACAAGCUUGUCGCAAAGAUAGCGGAUUUCGGCUUGUCCAGAGAUCUGGACGAGUCCGAUUACUACACCAGCGGGGAGAAACAGGCCAAGUUACCCAUCAAAUGGAUGGCACCAGAGUCAAUGGAACGUAAGGUGUAUAACACCAAAACGGAUGUGUGGUCCUAUGGGGUACUUCUGUGGGAGCUGUUUUCUCGUGGUCGAACGCCCUACCCUGAUAUUCACAACAGGGACGUGCACUCGUAUCUAAGGCAAGGCAAGCGUAUGAACCCACCUAGGUUUUGCCCUACAAAGAUAUCUGCCAUCAUGCGACACUGCUGGCUAGACUCCGCGAAGAAGCGAUGGUCCUUCGGUCAAAUAGUCCAGGAGCUGGAACCACUCGUGACCCACGGCAACGCGCAGGGCAUUGCUCCGUCGUGUGCGAAGCCCGUCCAUGGACCAUGCUCGCUGAAUGUUCCUGGUGUUCCUCCUCAAAUGGUGUCUGGAAGCGCCAUUUCGGGGAAGGAUCGUUCGCCAUCCGCUGCUUGUCGGGGUUUGCAGGGGGCGUCAGCAGGGGGGAGUGGUCGCGUUGACGAUCGCUUUUCGAUGGAAGUCUUGAAGAGUGGGGUAGGAAAGCCGGACGGCGGUGAUUACAGAAGGGAAGCGGAUUGCUACCAGCAAAGUAGCUCGUCCGUCUGAUUGCUUGCUCUGACACCAUGAUGUAUGAGCCCAGGCCUUGAUUAUUUGGUACACCUUAUUAAAAGUGGCUUGUUAUAUACGUCCUUGUGGCUGAAUAGUACUAAUAUAGGCCUUCAUAAAUAAAUGUUAAUAAGGUACAUAAUGCACGAUGAUGAAUACAAGAAUAUAUGCAAAGGUAAAAAUAAUUGCCUGGCGCACUCUAUAAUUGUCGAGUUGUAAUCAGCUAAAUCAGUUUUUAUAUGAUAAUAAGGCCUAUACCGAACAUUCGUUUCCUUUCUAUGUUUCAAUUUUAUCCUCAAUUUCAAAUUUGAGAGGAUUUGAUAAAUUAGUUAUGUAUGAUAUUUAUAGCCCUAUAUUUGAGUCGCAUGAUGGGCCAGACCCACGGUGGAACACUACUGUCAAAUCAGUUAUGAUAUGUUUGCCCAAGGCUAAGCAAAAGAACUGCUGAUUCGUCUACUAAAAGUGAUGCUGCUGAAAUUGCUGAAGAUUUUAAUCAACACCUUAUUAGUGUUGGGAAAUCGUCCGGACUGGGAUAAUUGUAAUCAGAAUUUUGACAAACUGCAUGGAUUAUUUGGAUUUUAGUAUUGCUCCUAUGACAAAAUGUAAUAUUCUGUAAUUGUAGCUUUAGAGCCGGCAUUGUCCCUGACAACUGGAAGAGAGCACGGGCUCGUUCUCACUUUUAAAAGUGGAGCCUACACGAAUGAUUUGGCAAACUACCAACCCAUCUGUGUUUUGCCGAUAUUGUCUAAGAUCAUUGAGCGUCAUGUUUAUAAUCAUUAUCGGGCAUGAAAUCCUCUCGGAUCAUAUCAACAAUCAGGAUUAGUCCUGUCAAACUGUAAGUUAACGAAACUCACUAAUUAUCUGUUUGAAAAUAUGGACCAGGGUAAACUUUGCGGUUUAGUACUCAUUGAAUUGAGAAAGAUCUUGUAGCCCAGGAUCAUGAUCUUUUACAAAAAUAGCAAUCUAUAUCGUGACUCAAUAUAAUAAUCGUUAAAAACACAAUGUACAGUAAAAUGUUGACCUCCA